AUGUUUCCUAUGUCCGAAAUGAUCAAUAUCGAGGCGGAAAGCCCUCCACGAAGCGACUCGCCCUCCUCAGCGUGUGACAGUGCCUUUAACAUUGGCACUCCAGUCACACCAUCCUCUACUCUAUUCAGUGAAGACCUGGUGAAUCUGCUGCGGGAUGUAUCAAAUGAUCAGUUCAUUCUUGUAACAGGAGGUCUCGGGUUCAUCGGCAGUCACACUACACUAGAGCUUUUAAAAGCCGGUUACCAUGUCAUUGCAAUCGACAAUUUGAGUAAUGCCUACGAAAGUGUUUCUGAGCGUAUACAGUCGCUUGCCAGCCAAUAUCAUGUAGAAAGAGGAACUUUGAUGCCCACACUGAAACACUACAACCACGACUAUCAGGACACGGAUGCCCUAACCUCAUUACUCAAAGCUUACCAAAUACCAUCUUGGGGCUUGCCUCGGUCUAGAAUUGUUGGGGUGGUUCACUUUGCCGCAUACAAAGCUGUGGAAGAAAGCAUCAAACAACCGCUAAAGUACUACUCCAAUAACGUUUGUGGCCUCGUCGGUUUUGUUCGCACUCUUGAGAAUUUUGGCAUCAAAACGUUUAUAUUUUCCUCAUCGGCGACUGUAUAUGGUACUUUGGCUUGUUCUAACAUUCCUCUUCGAGAAGAGCUUUGCGUUCACAAGCCGGAGAGCUUCGAAAUUCACGAGGGUGUUUGGGAGACAUCCCAGCCCGGCAGCAUCGGGAUCACCAACCCUUACGGUCGCACGAAAUGGAUGUGCGAAGCCAUUCUAGCGGACAUUGCCGCUUCUGAUCCAGACUGGACGAUAGUCGCUCUACGCUACUUCAACCCCAUCGGUUGUGAUUCGUCUGGUCUCUUGGGAGAAGACCCGCGUAGCAUACCAACGAAUCUUCUACCUGUUAUUGUCAAGGUUAUGACCGGCCAAUACUCGGAGCUUUCGAUGUUUGGUUCUGACUGGGACACGGUGGACGGCACUGCAGUUCGCGACUUUAUCCACGUCACAGACCUAGCUCAAGGACACAUCGCUGCUCUAGACUCUGCCAUCAAGGGAAAAUUGCGCGAAAACUUCCGGACUUUCAACCUUGGCACCGGUAACGGCCAUUCUGUAUUGGAAGUGGUCGGCACGAUGCAAACAGCCUCGCAAAUGGCUCUUCCACAUAAGGCAGUAGAUCGAAGAGCCGGUGACGUGGGCUAUUGCGUCGCUGCUGCUGACCGCUCCUCAGAUGAGCUGCAGUGGAGUGCUAAGAAAACGCUUGCCGAUGCAUGUACUGAUAUAUGCCAUUUUCUCAAAAUCAGUGGACUCACGAACUGA